AUGGGUCGCGUAACAAAGAAAGUGACGCGUAAAACACAGAAAAAAAUUACACAAAUUGCUGCAACUUUUAGAUAGCGAGUCAGACGUCUCGUCGUUGGAGAGUACAGGGACAAACUCGGAUUCAGAUGCGCCCUUAUCAAAGCAUCCAACGCAAGUCCCGGAGCCUGGCUCAUCCCAGGAUCAGGGUGUACAAAAUAUACUACAAUUCCUGGGUAAUCAAGCAUCUGCUAUAAAAGGACCAGAGGUCAGUACAGACGUAGCAGCUCUGAUAUCUGAGUUUUUACUCAAGGGAAUUGAUAAAGAAUCUCGCAAAACUACUCUGGAAUCUUAUCCCUGUUUGGCAAACUGUCCAGCCCUUCAGCCUCCAGUGAUUAACCCAGAGGUUCGAUCUUGUUUAAGUACAAAUGCAGUUAAAGAGGAUACAUUCCUCACUAAACUUCAAUUACAGUUAGCAUCUGGGAUAAGUGCACUGGCCGUCGGCUUCAAUAAGCAAUAUGAAAUAACGAAAUCGAAUUCUACAGACGAAACACGAGCUGAUUUGGAAAGAUGC